GCGGUUGGGCUGCGCGCGCUGCGGGCAGUAAUGGCGGCGCAGGGCAGCGGCACGGAGCCCGGCUCCGAGCUCUCUCCCCGGUGUCUCCGCCGGUACCAGGAGCUGCUGAGGCGGGCCAAGGAGGAGGCCCGGUCCGGGGAGCUGAGGCAAGCCGUAUUGGUCCUACGGGAGGCCCAGGCCGUGUGGCCUAGCAGCAGUAAGGUGUCCCGGAGAAUCGAGAGGCUGGAGCAGGUGCUGCGGGAAAUGGAGGGCGAUGAUGAAGAGGAGGAGGAGGGGGACGGGGAAGGGGAGGAGGAGGAGGAGGAGUUUACCGCCCUGCCUGCCUCCGGGCUCCUGCUGUACCGGCCCCUCUACCUCCGCCUGUACCCCCACCAGCGGCACGGCGUGGCCUUCCUCCACCGCCUACACCGGGACGGCCGGCCCGGCGGCAUCCUGGCCGAUGACAUGGGCCUCGGCAAGACCGUGCAGCUGAUCGCCUUCCUCUCCGGCAUGUUCGACGCCGAGCUGGUCCGCUGGUGCCUCCUGCUGCUGCCCAGCGGCCUCAUCCGAAACUGGGCCGCCGAGUUCGGCCGCUGGACGCCAGGCCUCAGGGUCAGAGAGUUUCAUGGCACGAAAGCAGAGAGGACCAAAAAUCUGGAGAGAGUGCAGCGGAAAGCAGGUGUGGUCAUCACCACAUACCAAAUGGUGAUUAACAACUGGCAGCAGCUCUCCAGCCUGGAUGGCCAUGAGUUCACCUGGGAUUACCUUGUUCUUGAUGAGGCCCACAAGAUCAAGAGCAAGUCCACCAAGACCUUCAAGUGUGUCAGUGCCAUCCCUGCCAAGCAUCGUAUCUUGCUGACUGGAACCCCCUUGCAGAACAACCUGCAGGAGAUGUGGUCCCUCUUUGACUUUGCAUGCCAGGGCUCUCUGCUGGGCACUGCCAAGACCUUCAAGAUGGAGUAUGAGAACCCCAUCACGCGAGCUCGGGAGAAGGAUGCCACUCCAGCUGAGAAGGCUCUAGGGUUGCGCAUUUCUGAGAACCUUAUGAGGAUCAUUGAGCCCUACUUCCUGCGGCGGACCAAGGAGAACCUGCAGCUGAUGCAUGAGUCUGUGCAGGUCCAGCCAUCCAACUCUCCUUGUGAGGCCCAGAUGCCAGGCCUGACCAGGAAGAAUGAUCUGAUUGUCUGGGUCUACCUGAGCCACAUCCAGGAGGACAUCUACCAGAGGUUUGUCUCAUCAGAGCAGAUCCAAGAGCUGCUGCAAAGUAGGCGUUCCCCCUUGGUGCAGCUGACUAACCUGAAGAAGCUGUGUGACCAUCCGAGGUUGCUGUCCCGCCGUAUCUGCCAGGAGCUGGGCCUCGGUGGCUCUGAAGGGGAAGCUGCAGACGAUAAUGCUGCCAGUGACAUUAGCCAUGUGCCUGACCAGGACCUCAUCAGUGAGUCGGGGAAGCUGGUCUUCCUCCUGGGUCUGCUAGAGAAGCUGCGGGAAGAAGGCAGGCGCACUCUGGUCUUCUCCCAGUCAAGGAAGAUGCUGGACAUUAUCCAGCGUGUCCUCACCAACCGCAGCUUCUCCUGCAUGAGGCUGGACGGCACCAUGGCCCUGCCAGACCGACAGAAAAAGAUCGAGGCGUUCCAGCAGCGAGAGGACCACUGCGUCUUCCUCCUCACCACCCAGGUCGGUGGUGUAGGCCUCACCCUCACUGCAGCAAACCGGGUAGUGGUCUUUGACCCCAGCUGGAAUCCUGCCACAGACGCCCAGGCAGUGGACAGAGCUUACAGAAUUGGCCAAACUGACAAUGUUGUGAUCUACAGGCUGGUGACCUGUGGCACUGUGGAGGAGAAGAUAUAUCGGAGGCAAAUCUUCAAAGACUCGCUGGUUCGUCAGUCGGUUGGUGAGAAAAAGAAUCCCUUUCGUUACUUCAGCAGCCAGGAGCUGAGGGAACUGUUUAUCCUGGAGGAUCCCCGGGCAUCGAGUACACAGAAGCAGCUACAGUCCAUGCAUGCCAGUCAGAGACGCACAGACAGCAUCUUAGACCAACACCUCACCUUCCUGCAUACCCUGGAGAUGUUCGGAGUGACUGAUCAUGAUCUCAUCUUCUCCCAGGACACUGCCUCUGAUGAGGAAAACGACCCUGAGUCCAGGAAUUACAUCCAGCAGCGAGUGCAGAAGGCCCAGGAGCUGGUGGCAGCUGAGUCCCAACUCCAGCAGCAGUUGGUCCAAAAUAUCCGCGCCAAUACUGAAGCUGCCAAGCUGAACCGACCACGAGACUCUCAUCCUCUACCAGGUAGUAGAGGAGGCACGACCAGACCCAAGCCAGUUUCCACCAUCAGCACAGUGCCAGCGUUGUACGAAAACCCCAUUGGCCCUCAGUCUCCAGUGGAGACAGUCGAUCUAACGGAGCCCAUCACUGAUGAGGUGCUCAACCUGAGCAGCAAGUUAGCUGACCUGCCGAUUGAGACAAGCAAACCCAGUAACAGUGUGGUGAUGUUGGACAGCUCUCUAACACACGCUGAUAAUGAUAUUCCUGAAGAGGAGGAGCAAUAUCCCACUGAGUGUCAAAGUGACACCUCCAAGGCACAGCUGUCCACCUCUGCAGCUAACUCCCCUGGCUCCAAAGCCCUGUUUGAAUCCAAUUUCAACCUGAUCUUGGAGGAGACGAUGGAGGAGGAUGAGGAGUGGAAACCAGGUUGCGAGGAGAAGGGAACUGAAGCCAAACUGGUGAUUGAGGAAUCUCCCUUGCCUGUGACCAAAGCCAAGCCAGAUGGAGAUUUGGAGCGGCUGGUUUCCCCAGGAGGUAGCAGUCUUGGAGAUGAGUCGUGCAUGCUCCAACCGUGGAAGAAGCCUCACGGUCGAGUGAUCGUCAGUGACAGUGAGGAGGAAGCUAGUAGCGACCUCCAUUCAUGUAGCGCAGUGGAGCAACCUCCUGCUCUGUCUGCAACAAGCCCGGUGCUCCAGGCCUUCUGUGUGGCAGCUGCUUCCACCCCAAAAGGGUUUUACUCCCCUCUCCCGACCCUCCUGGACAGGAGCGGCAAUCACUCCGUGGCCUCUAGGCGGUCUGCUGUUGGCCUGGCUAUUGAUGAUGUGGAGGACCUGGACCACUCAAUCCCUGAUGCUGCUGAUGAAGGUGAUGACAACGAGGAGGAGGAGGAGGAGCAAGCGAGUUCGCCCAGCGACGUUGAAGAGGUCGGAGAGACUGAGCAGGCAGCUGAACCCAGUGAAGAGCAGCCAGGUGAUCAGUUCAUGGAAGAAGCAUCCUCUGAGAGGCGGAGCCCAGAGCUCGGAACAGCCAGCAGUGACAACGGGCUCUCCGAGUCCUGCAGCAUGACGACAGGGAGUGAGGAAGAACAGUCCGGGACCUAUGAGCCGGAGCUUGGCUCCGAUGAACAGCUGGAUCCCUACACCAAGGCAGUCAAUGUGUCUCUGCUUGAUACAUGUUCACCGAGCCAGGAAUCUGAGCUGGAUCAAUAUGAGAGGCUGGUAAAACGUGGCAAAGAGCAUAUAGAGAACGGGCAGAUGAAGGCAGCUCUCAACUGCAUGUUAGAAGCUCUGGAUCUCCGGAGUGGAGAUCCAGAGAUUCAGUUAAUAACAAUUAAACUGUACCGGCAACUGGCUCAGAGCUGAUCGGGGGACGGUGUGUUCUCCUGUGACUGAUCAGUAAACCCUUCAGCUCUCACCGGCACUGACUGCAUCGGACAGAGUCCUUCAUUGGCAGUAUUGAUGGGUUUUUUAAAAAGUGAUAUUGCAAAGUGCUGUCUGGUAACAGUCAACUGGGAGGAACCAGAUAUGUUCAAAUCUGGCACACUUCUUCAACCAGAAUUCCCUUGAAACAAUGUGAACCCGUUCCCUCACCUUCUCUGCUUUUGCUUGUAUAUUCCUUUUCCACUUCCUCCUCCAUUCCUGCCCCUGGGAUAUUAGUGGAGUAUGAGCCCACACGUUCCCCAUGAAGCUGCUGUAUCUGCCAGUGACCUCCCCAGUACACCCAGCUCUGGUUUGGUUCUGAAGACAGGUUGGAGUAUGGGCGGUGGAACACGGGUAGCUGUCCAGGGCUCUCGUUGCUUGGGAAACCUCUGCGCUUGUUGGAAUCCCAGCAGAUUGAUCUUCACAGCACAUUAUUUGAACACCAGAUGGUGGCACUCACACAGCAGUUAGUCUUUUAGCAAUUUCAAAUAUUCCCUCUGAUUAAGAGGACAGCAGACCCCAUCCCUCCCUUGGGAGGCUGUGUGUGUGUGUGUGUAACAUCUUGAGAAUUGCACAACCCAAGAACUCUGGUUUUGGUUGGUAAUUUUGUUGUUGUAUAAAUGUUUAGAAUGUAAUUUUCACUGUACCUCCACUUUAAUGCUGAAUAAAAUGAU